AUGCUACCGGUCACCAUUCCCGAGGGUUCGUCCUGCAAUUUAAAUGACUGCGACACCCAGCAAAUGUCUCUCGGGCUUGGCCAACAACACCGGCUUACCCGCAGCCUGGUCUCGGUUGGCUCCAUUGUCUGCCGGAUAUGUCACACAAACACGUCCAAGGAGCCGCUCGUUUCACCUUGUAGGUGUAAAGGAUCCCUAGCCUACGUGCACUUGGCCUGCUUGGAAAGAUGGUUGAAUCAAUCUUGUCGCUCUUAUUGCGAACUAUGUCGUUACCACUUCAACGUUGUCGAAACACCUCGUUAUACAUGGCCAGAAUCGUUGAGGAUAUGGAUUAGCCAUCCCACGAAUCGUAGAAACAUACAGUCAGAUUUCCUUAUCUUCACGUUACUCUCCGUCGUUACGGUGGGAUCGGUAACACUUUGUCUCCUAGGUAUGCAAUAUUUCGUAAUAGAGGGAAAGAAAAUUGGAAUUUCGAAACUUUGGACAAGAGGAACUAUAUGGUUCUUCCUAACCAUCGUGGUGCUGGGUUACGUUACAAUGGUCUAUUUAAUAGGCAAGAACCAGUUGUCGCCUUGGUACAGGUGGUGGAAAAGCACUGUCAACGUGAGGCUUAUCAUGGACCCCCAAAUAUUCAGGCGAUUAUCCGACGAGACUUUCCAAGUGCUCGAGAAUCAAACAUCGAAUCAUGCUCUUUCGCCAGAAUUCCAGGAAUGUUGA